GCGGCCACCUGGAAAGUUCAACACGUGUGAUAAUUUCCAGCAAACUUAGACCUUGCAGUGAGCUAUGAUUCCGGUAGUUCUCGCUACCAUCGUCAUUGCAGGGAGUUUAGGUGCGUUUGUGGGCAACAACAACAGCUCGAACGACACACUGAUGGGGAUGAGAAGAAGCAUUGCAGGGGAAAAGACUCUCAGCGCAGAUGACUUAAUUAUUUUGGUUGUAACUUACAAACUGCCAUGGUACGACGCGCAGUCCUAUUGUGAGAUGCAAGGCGGAAGGUUAGGCCAACCGUCAACCCUACGUCUAAAUAAGUACUACGAGAAAGCUUUGAAACGCGCCAGAAUCGAAGGUGUCUACUGGAUAGGGCUGAACGACAUCAAGAAAGAAGGCUUACUGCGGUGGACGGACGGCACGAAGGCGAGAUUCAAAGACGAUUGGCACACUGGGAAGAUUUCCAACAAUAAUGAUAAAAACGACUGUGUAUUCACGAUAUCAGUUCGAGGGGGUGUAGACUUCCAGUGGAAAUUCACCCAGUGCUACAGGCGAAGAAAGUUCUUGUGUGAAAUUACAGGCCCAGUACAAUGUGGCACUCGUCCAUUGGUUUCUGAAAGAGUAAUUGGAGCUGAACCCAUCGAUUCGCCUACAAUCUGGCCAUGGCAAGUGUCUGUAAGACGAGGCGGUAACCAUACAUGUAGUGGCGCCAUCAUCGGCGAAUAUUGGAUACUCACUUCUGCCCUGUGCAUGCAAGUAUACACUAGAUAUGUAUCAUGUGGUUUAAAUCUUAAAUUUAGUUCAAAGAAAAACAUUUCCAAUGCGGACACAUAUCUACGUGCAGAUAUGUAUGAGGUUCACGUGGGCACAGUCUCGCUAUCAGAAUCGUCCAUACACGAACAUGUCUCGCCAGUCGAUUAUAUCGCAACACAUUCCCACUAUGAUUCACCAUGGGAUAUCGCCUUGCUUUACAUACAUAAUCCAAUAGAAUACACAGAGUUUGUUCGACCCGUGUGUCUUCCGCCGUUGGAUGAUGCCAAUUUCUUUGAUCCUAUUGGUCGGCAGUGCGUUAGUGUUGGGUGGGCUCAGAAGUCGGCGACCGAUACAAUACAGGUGGACGUACUACAGGAAGCGAUAACAGAAACGACAGAGUACGGACAUUGUAAUAUUACUAUAUCAGAUUCCGAACUAUGUGCCAUCGAGUCAAGCAUAAGCAACGACACUUGUCAAGGAGACGGUGGUGGACCUUUGGUAUGCUACAUGGACGAUUCUAGAUGGUACGUAGCUGGAUUAUUCAAUUCGAGGCCAGACUGCGACAACCCUGCUACAUAUUUCAACGUAACUGCUGCAAAUGAAUGGAUAAACCAGACGAUACAUACUGGUCCUGAUAUCUGUGGCAGGAAAUCUGUAGUCGAGAAUCGAAUCGUCGGAGGACAAGAUUCACUCCUUGGUUCAUGGCCAUGGGAAGUCGUCAUCUCAGUGGAAGGAUCGCAUAACUGUAGUGGUGUCAUUAUCGAUGAUCACUGGAUCAUGACAGCUGCUCGGUGUUUAUACGAUGGCGAAACAAUGGCGUCACCAGAGCAAUUCCAAGUAAUAGCUGGCAUGGUUAAAAAGCAUGCAUAUGUAACUAUGUACGAGAAAUACGUGACUAACAUAGAUGCUGUUCACAUUCACAAUGAAUUUAGCCUGGAUAAAAUCAGCUGGAAUGUGGGACUACUGUAUACAAAGACGCCAAUACCGUUUAACUUCUACACGAGCCGAGUAUGUUUACCGAAUGCCGAUAGCGACGAUUUCUUCGCAGCUGGCACCGAAUGUGUUAUUACUGGAUGGGGUAAAUUGAAUGAUAAUGCUCCAUAUUCCAACACGCUACAGCAAGCGGAUGCGAUUAUUUAUGACACUAUAAGAUGUAAAUUUCUGUAUUCGCUGCUCGGAAUACGCCUGACAAUUGCAGAGAUCUGCGCCAGCUACAAUGUUGUCGUCACUGGACCAUGUGAGGGAGAUGUGGGGUCUUCAUUAGUUUGCCAGAAGAAUGAUGGAUUGUGGUAUCUGGCUGGCAUAGCGUCACUGAUUACUGGUAGCUGUGGCAACGCAUUGCCGUCUGUCUAUACCCGGGUCACAGCGACACGUGCCUGGAUCGACCAAACUUUACAAGGUGGUUAAAAUGGCCACUGUUCGGAAUUGGAUGCGAGAGCAUGGAUGUUGGACUAGGCCACAUAUGUCUAAUCAAGUUCAUUAAAUUCAUAUUUCUGACCAUAAUUUACUUUAAUGGAUUCGGAUAUACAGAUGCAUUUUUCAGCAAUAUACAAAUAUAUAUAUUUAAAUAUAUUUACGCUUGUGUUACAAGCGCCUUUUGACGAAAUGCUGGGGGG